ACCAACAGCAGCAGCUCACCUACAGCACAAACAUGACCACCACUGAAAUGGGCAUGGGCAGGGUCACCUUCUACGAGGACAGGAACUUCCAGGGUCGCUCCUGGGAGUUGAGUGACUGUGCUGACUCCUCCUACCUGAGCAGAUGCCACUUUCGGGUGCAGAGUGGCUGCUUCAUGGCCUACGACCAUCCCAACUACAUGGGAACCAGUACUCUCAUGAGGAGGGGCGACUAUGCUGACUACAUGAGCAUGUGGGGAUGGAACAGUGGUAUCAGGUCUUGCCGUAUGAUCCCCAUGUACAGAGGCCAGUACAGGAUGGGUUACGAGAGGGAGAACUUUGGUGGUCAGAUGUAUGAGAUGAUGGACGACUGUGACAACAUGAUGGACCGUUUACCGUAGAACAACUGCAUGUCCUGCAACGUGAUGGACGGCCACUGGCUGAUGUACGAGCAGCCCCACUACAGAGGCAGGAUGAUGUACUUCAGGCCUGGAGAGUACAGGAACUUCAUGAACAUGGAUUACAUCCAGCUCUACAUCUUUGCCAAGUCCAUCGCUACUUCCACUCACUCCAUUCUCUCCAACUGCCUCACCACUGACAACUCCUCAUUGUCUUCCUCCCAACACAGUCGCAAAGUCUGA